CCUCCUCUUACUUACUUACCGUGUGGGACCCAACCCCCUCGCUGGCUCCGUUACGGCAGCCCGGCCAGGGUGCUCCAGCCAGGCAUCCAUGUGCACCGAAUACCCCUUUCGCAUUACUGCAGUAAUGCUUAUACUAUUCUGCAGCUCUCAGGAAUCAGCAUGCCUGAUAUCCCCUUCCACGAGCCACAGUACUACAUAGUAUACACUCUCCACUCGUUCCUUGUCGUCCUCCCUGUGCGCCUGUGAACGAGCGAGUGAGUGUGUGAGUGCGUGAGUGAGUGGAUCCACGCUUUCAUGUUCGGGAUCCUCCCGAAAGUGCUACCUUGUGGAAGUUGAGAGUGACUACAUUUCAAUUCCAAUUAAACUUCGACUAAGUUUUUUAGACUCCACCCCCCUGCGACUCCCAAGAUGGCGACCGAAGGCGAGCACGUAGACAGCGCCGCUGAGGAUCUCAAGAAUGCAGCUAAGGAGGUUGAGGAUAAACCGCAAGCUUCUGAAACUGACGGUGCUACUUCCGGGGAUCAUAAAGCAUCGGAGUUUAUCCAUGACGUGGCACACAUUGUGCUGGAAAAGAGCAACCAAGCCGCCGAUUCUUCUAAAGAAUACAUUCAUAAUGUGGUUACAAAAGUGCAAGGCUAUGCUGAUAAAGUUUCUAGUGGAGCUGGCGGCUCGGCGUCCAAUAUGCAAGGAAUGCUCUCUAAGGCUGUCCAUGUCGGCGCUUACCCUGGAAGUACCACGGGCACUGCAGGCGAGGGCGAAUCCUCCUCGGGCACGGAUGGGGGCCUUUUCACGUCUGUGGCGACGUGGUGCUCGUCGCUUUGCGGCUCUAAGGAUGCAGAUGGCGAGCCCCGCAACAUUGAUUUCCGAGCUGCUGCGGAGAAUAUCACGCAUGUUUUGCAAUCCAGCACCACAUCCUCCUCGCCAUCGCCGUAUGCUGUAACCCCAGCUGAGACACUACCUGAACCAUCUGAACCUGAGAAGCCCAAGGCUUCAGAGUGAAGGUUUUCAAUGUAAUCACUUAAGUUGAAUUUGGUCCAGCGCGGAUGGAUCUUCUGAUUGGAGGCAAAGCAUCCUGAAUUGAGCUUUGAUGUGCGUGUACGCUAAUUCACCUUGAUAAUUCAGGAUGAUUGCCGAGGUGGCCAUUGUGUAUCAGCUCACCCAAUUUCAAUGCCCGAAAUGGGGUUUUCAUGUCACCAAGUUUCACAGAAUUAGCUAGAGCUUAGUCCAUUGGUAGCCACUUGUACUUUUUUUAGUUGAUAUGAGUAAAAUCUUCGAUGGUGAUUAGGGGAAGAUGGUUGUAAUUCUGUGUCGUUUAAGUGUAUUAGGCUCUGAUUCCGUGUUCAUUGUGCUAGGGUCAGACAUUUGAAUUUCAAAUGUGUAAAUACAAGCGAUGGCUUCCAGUUGUUCGAUCUCAACCUCAGGUCAUUUGAGUUACUCUGUUCUGUCUGCACGAAUUUUAGCACUACCGGUAUUUCUGUGCAAGUUGAUGCACAUGAUAAUAAAGGAUCACGACAUCUGUGUUGUUGAUCGACCCUUGCCGUGUUACAGUUUGUCUGUA